AUGGGAAUAGUGGAAGAAGCUUACAACGUGGGGGUCGUAGGGUCGGGUCAGCAAGUCCUAGUCCUGGCCCACGGCAUUGGCACCGAUCAGUCCAUCUGGAAAUACCUCGUCCCCCACCUCGUCGACGACAACCGCGUCAUUAUGUACGACAACAUGGGCGCCGGAACCACCAACCCUGAAUACUUCGACUUCGAGCGCUACUCCACCCUCGAAGGCUACACCUACGACCUUCUCGCCAUUCUUGAGGAGCUCCACGUCAAGUCAUGCAUCUUCGUCGGCCAUUCCUCCUCCGCCAUGGUCGGCGCCAUCGCCGCAGUCACCCGACCCGACCUCUUCACCAAGCUAAUCAUGAUCGCCGCCUCCCCUAGGUAA